AUGAAUUCGCUUAAGGUAGCCGUUUUCUGCUGGCUUGUUGUAGCUGCAGCAACGCAGUCGUUUCGUCAAAACGGUGACAAAAAUCAGCAGGAACAAUUUCCCGGCAAUGGAAAUCAAGGACAGUUCUCAGGUAAUGGGAAUCAGGGACAACGCCCAGGUAAUGGUAAUGAGGGACAGCGCCCAGGUAAUGGGAAUCAAGGACGAUUUCCCGGCAACGGAAACAAAGGACAGUUUUCAGGUAAUGGAAAUCAGGGGCAGCGCCCAGGUAAUUGGAACCAGGGACAAUUCUCUGGCAACGGAAAUCAAGGACAGUUCUCAGGUAAUGUAACUCAGGGACAGCGCUCAGGUAAUGUAACUCAGGGACAGCGCCCAGGUAAUUGGAACCAGGGACAAUUUCCCGGCAAUGGAAAUCAAGGACAGUUCUCAGGUAAUGGGAAUCAGGGACAACGCCCAGGUAAUGGUAAUGAGGGACAGCGCCCAGGUAAUGGGAAUCAAGGACGAUUUCCCGGCAACGGAAACAAAGGACAGUUUUCAGGUAAUGGAAAUCAGGGGCAGCGCCCAGGUAAUUGGAACCAGGGACAAUUUCCUGGCCACGGAAAUCAAGGACAGUUCCUAGGGAAUAGAAACCAGGGACAGCGAUUUGUCCAAGUGUAG